GAGAAAGACACGUUCACGUUCCACUACUCUCAACCAAUAGUGUGAAAUGGCCCGUACGAAGCAAACUGCCCGUAAAUCGACUGGAGGCAAGGCCCCGCGCAAGCAGCUGGCCACCAAGGCUGCUCGCAAGAGUGCUCCGGCCACCGGAGGUGUGAAGAAGCCGCAUCGCUACCGUCCGGGAACCGUAGCCCUGCGUGAAAUCCGUCGCUACCAGAAGUCGACCGAGCUGCUCAUCCGCAAGCUGCCCUUCCAGCGUCUGGUUCGUGAGAUCGCUCAGGACUUCAAGACCGAUCUGCGCUUCCAGAGCUCGGCUGUGAUGGCCCUGCAGGAAGCCAGCGAGGCCUACCUUGUCGGCCUGUUCGAGGAUACCAAUCUGUGUGCCAUUCACGCGAAACGCGUCACCAUCAUGCCGAAAGACAUCCAGCUGGCUCGUCGUAUCCGUGGAGAGCGCGCCGGAGGAAAAGUGAAGGGAAAGGCAAAGUCCCGCUCGAACCGUGCCGGUCUACAGUUCCCGGUUGGCCGUAUCCACCGUCUGCUGCGCAAAGGCAACUAUGCCGAGCGCGUCGGUGCUGGUGCACCAGUGUAUCUGGCUGCCGUGAUGGAGUACUUGGCCGCUGAAGUGUUGGAGCUGGCAGGAAACGCUGCGCGAGACAACAAGAAGACCCGCAUCAUCCCGCGUCAUCUGCAGCUGGCCAUCCGCAACGACGAGGAAUUGAACAAACUGUUGUCCGGUGUGACCAUCGCCCAGGGCGGUGUGCUGCCCAACAUUCAGGCCGUGCUGUUGCCGAAGAAGACCGAAAAGAAGUGUGAAAUGGCCCGUACGAAGCAAACUGCCCGUAAAUCGACUGGAGGCAAGGCCCCGCGCAAGCAGCUGGCCACCAAGGCUGCUCGCAAGAGUGCUCCGGCCACCGGAGGUGUGAAGAAGCCGCAUCGCUACCGUCCGGGAACCGUAGCCCUGCGUGAAAUCCGUCGCUACCAGAAGUCGACCGAGCUGCUCAUCCGCAAGCUGCCCUUCCAGCGUCUGGUUCGUGAGAUCGCUCAGGACUUCAAGACCGAUCUGCGCUUCCAGAGCUCGGCUGUGAUGGCCCUGCAGGAAGCCAGCGAGGCCUACCUUGUCGGCCUGUUCGAGGAUACCAAUCUGUGUGCCAUUCACGCGAAACGCGUCACCAUCAUGCCGAAAGACAUCCAGCUGGCUCGUCGUAUCCGUGGAGAGCGCGCCUAA